AUGGACGCUUCAUUCGAUCCUAAUCAGUUAGGAACAAAUGAAGCGCGCACAAACCUUUCUCAAACCUCUUUAUCUUUAUCCAAUUCCAUAAAUGAAGCAAAGAAAUAUAAUAAUCAAUCUAUAAUACGUAUAUUAAAACCUGCAAGUAUUUACAAAAACCAUGAUCUUGUAUCUACUCAAUAUAUAAAAGAUAAUAAUGAAAGAAAAUCUAACGAGUGCACUAUACAAAAUUCUGUAAUUACCCAAGGAAAUAUUGUGUCAAAUAUUACACAACCCACGAAUCCAGUAAUUACAUCCACACCCGAAUCCAUUAAUCCCGAUGUAUCUAUAAAAAAUAAGUGCUUAAAUACAAAUAGUAGUGAUUCGCACCUUACGCAGAACCAUAUGGAUGUUAAUAGAGAUAAAAAGGUACCUUUCUCAUGUCUUUUGGAAACAACUCAAGGAAACGACUCGAGUGAUACUAAAAAUAAAUGGAACAUGGGGGAGGUACAUAUUACUUGUAAUCCACUUUCAACACCGUAUCCGUAUUCCACGCCUCAUCAUAAUAUUAUGAGCGAGCCUGUAACAGAAUCGCUAGACGAUGAACCAAAAAGUCGUACAUGUGGAAACUUCUUACCAAUAUUGUCGUUGAUUCCGCAAACGGUGAUCAGCUUUCAGUACUUAAGCCCGAAAAUGAAAUUCUCAUGGUGGAGAAAUAAAAUCUCGUGAAGGUACGCUUAAAUGGCCAUUUAGCAUAAUCGUUGCUAGUGGUCUUGUAGCGCAAUUAAAUGCUAAAAUUCUAUUGAAAACCUCUUACCUCGUAGUGAGUUCCCAAUCUUCAUCAAUUAGAGGUAUCCUGUCAUUGUUACACUUAUAUGUCAAUCAGUCUGUACCUCUUUGUUACUAUAAAUAGGAAUGUACCGAAAGAACGCAUGCAGGUAGAUUUAAAAAAAGCAUAAGUAGUUCUUUCACUUUAUGAAAAUCUUUUUGCACAAUAUACAAUCAUUUGAAAUUCUUUUUGAAUAAUGUGUAUAUUGUAUAUUAUGAUUUUAUUGGAUCCUCUAGUCCGUGAAGCUUUUUCCUACUGUUUGCUAAUUUAUAAGUAGAACGAAACCACAUACCUUUUGCUCCAAAUGAACAAUUCUAUUACAAUCUCGCCCCCUUAUAGCGGUAUUACUUAUAGAAAUUUAUUAUACUAAAAUCAAAAAUCAAGUUACAGUAUGGAUCUAAUGAGAAACAAUAGCGAUCAAAAAACUUCUGUUAAAUUACUUCUUUUAAAGAAGUAGAUAUAUACAAGCAGAUUAAAAAGAAACAUUUUUUUAAAUGGAAAACUCAUUAAUUAGUUAAAUAUAUUUCCUCUGGUUUUUAAAUAUUAAACAUCCAUAAUGUUCUUAAUUGGAUGUUAUUUACAAAAGAAAAGUCUUAUUGGUCCAUACGAGUUUCUGAAAAUAUUAGACUUUUUAAUGCGUACAUCAAAAUAUAAUUAAAAUAUUCCAUGUGAAUAACUACUAUAUGUGAUAUUAUUAAAAAUAUGAAAAUAAUACACCAGUUGGUGUUGUACAACGUAAAAAAAUAUAGAUUAAGAAUCUAGAUUUCUUUAUUAAAUUGAUUUAGAUUCAUUUUCUGAAAUGGAAGAAGCAUUAAAGUAGUUAAGGUACUAUGAUUAAUCAAAUCAUUCCUAUAUGCGUGCGUGUAUAGCGUUGUGUGAGCGAUGUGUAUAUGACGUCAUGUUUCUUCUACAAAAUUUUAUUUCUCUGUGAGAAAUAUAAUUUAUAUUUGCAAACAAAUUCAUAUUAAAAAGAACGAUUAGAUGAGUUUUACUUUUUUUUUUCUUAAUUUAUAUUCUUGAGUUUUCAGAUUUUUAUCAAUAACAUUGACAUUUUGUUAUCUCUUUUUUGCUAGUUUAUUCUUGUCCGUGAUACUCUCUACAAAUGUAUGUUUGAUUUAGUUUUGCAGUUAUACUAUUAAUUUUAUAUUUAUUGAACAAUAAAUGUUUUUUUAUGAGUACGUACAUUCCAUUAUGUUUUAUUUUAUAUUUCCAGAACUUGUUAUUUUAUCAUUGUUAUAAAGCACAAUUUUAUAAUUAUCAGAAUAUGCAGUAAAGUAUAAGAAUAUUUGAUUUUUCAAAAAGGAGGUAAAGAGAAAGAAAGAUAGAGAGAGACAAUAAGAAUUGUAGCUCAUCUAAAUGACUUUGGUUCUUAUGUAAAUAAUGUUUGACUGCAUAAGCGCAAGAAUGAUGUUAACAAUAUCAUUAAAAAAUAUAUAACAAUUAUCUUUAGUCAUUAACGAUCGUAUAAAGUUUGUACUAUAAUUUUCUCUUCUUUUCACUUACAUUGCAUAUAAUUUAUAAAAAGUUAUUUGAUUUAAUGAUAGUAACAAAAAAUCUGCACUUUUAACAGUACUAACCGGCUAAUUAUAUAAACGAAUAAAGCAUAAUGUGGUAGGUAAUAUACAUCAUAGUCCCAUUAAGUGCUUUCCAAAGUGUAUUAUCUUUUGCUAUAGAUUAUUGUUGCAUGUAAGGUGACUUGAUUUCUGUAUUUUAAUCAUGAAAUAAAGAUUAUAUUUAGUCACUUAA